AUGGAAUAUUCGCAGAUUCUCAAAGAUCUUCGGCGAGAAAGUGCAACAGUCAGGAAUCGCAUCCAGUCCAUUAUUUUCGAUGCCAAGUAUGUGGCCCAGUUUUCUGAGUUUCCCAUAGUGGCCAACGAGCGAUGCGGCCUCUGGUACGUAGAGCCUAAAAACACUGCUGCCAGUGUCUAUUUCAAAUCCACAGACGGCCACACCGGACAAUGGAAGUUUUCCUUGCGUAGACUCAACUUCCACAUGUUGGAUUUAUUCCAGCUUUCCCAAACAAUUGUGUUGGUUGACUCCACGAGAAAAGGCAAGAUCAUGCCCGAUGCGCUUCUGAAAACAGUACCUAUGUGGUGUGCCGUACUUAACUACAUCAUGUUUGAAAAGGAAGACGUGGAUCAAUGGGAUGAACUAGCAAAAGAUAACUGGCUUUGUACUCCACCGGAAAUGGUCUCAGCAAGUGAGCACUCAGCCAUGGUGAAACUCAUACCUGAGCAUGCGAGAGAAGUCCAAAAACUCGGGCUUGUGGUCAAACAGGAGCUCAUACAGAAGUUAGGCGCCCACAAACCUCUUGUUCCCCAUUGGUUGUAUCCGGGCAAAAAGUCACGCGUUAGCGCUUCUGACAACCAGUUCUCCAUAUGCUGCCUUACAGCAUCACGCAAAACUUCUUCUGGGACAAACGUGCCUGGCUGGCACUAUACUCAACCUUACGUACAAGGAGCUGCUGAUGACCAUGAGCUAUGGGCAUCACCAGAAAUAUGCGAGGGGAAACUCGACCAUAAUCUUCUUUGGAAUGAGAUCUAUUAUGAGCCUGCGGAUGAUUUGCGAGUAGUUGAUAUGGCUACAGGGGAUAUCUGCCUAUGGUUGGGCGAGGACGAGUUUCUCUCCAGGAUUGAAAAAAUUUAUACCAACUCAAAGUCGUGUAAAGAUACGUCCGCCAUGGAUGUAUCGCCUUUGAAGAACACGGGCAUUUCGAUCGGUGCCAUCACCCAAGACUUAUCUUUCUCUGAGAUCACAAAGAUCAAUGACCUGAUUUCACACAUAGUUGUCCUUUCUUCAGAAUUUGCUGUCACGAAUGUGCCCAAAGACUCUUCAGUCAAGAUAAUAUUGCAUCGGGUGGAGAGCUCGAAAAAGGGUUCCAAACAAUUACGCGAGAUUCUUCCGAAAAUAUUCGAAACCAUAUCGACCGUCAGUAUGCAAGAUCAAGUAAUUAUACUUUGUGACUCGGGUAAAGACUUGUGUGUGGGUCUCGCAUUGGCUAUUCUAGCAAAGUAUUUUGAUAGGGAUUGGAAUCUGGUAUCUUCCCUGCCACAUGUGAACAAAGACGUGAUCAAACAACACCUCUGUAUGGUGCUGAGCUGUCGACAAGUGAACCCCAGCAGAAACACACUUCAAAGUGUGAACACGAUUCUCAUGUAG